CUUUUGACAUUGAUGCUCACUUAAUGCAUUAUUUCAACUAUGAUAUAAUCUGUAUUUUUUCUAUUUCCAGGUAUCCGUUACGCUGGGAAAUUAUCGUUCAUCAUUAACUUCUGGUGCUGGUUUCUCGUUGCGGUAAACAUGGCGGAAAUACUUAAAACUGUGCCCACGACGUGACGUAAUUUUCAAAAAGCCGCACGAGAGUAAAUCGACCAACCUGAGACAGAAAGAGAGAGAGAGGGAAAUAACUAACUAUUGCAGUUGACUUCAGCUAUAUAAGAUGAUAUAACGAUCCUGCUGGGCUUCAUUUCUUCACUCCUCUGCUGUUGUGAAGUUCUUUGUUUUAGUUAAAAUUGUACCCAUCCGCUAAUAAAUGCGUACGAACGGUGGAAUAACUGGAGCGCUCGUGGGCAGAUUUCAAGGUUUUUGCCAGUUUACAGCAGUCAGCUCACUUACAGCUUCAAUGGACUGGACUCUUCUUGUAGUUUUGCAAAUCCUAUUUCAGCCAUCUCUCUCAGUCUUGUUCAUUGUUGAGGCAGAACAAACCAUGUACCAGUCAGAAUUUGGAGGAAAGGUUGUGAUGGGCUGCAAGUUCUUUCCAAAACCUUCAAAUCCUCAUUCUGACCUGAAGGUGAUCUGGCAGUGGACCAACAACCACGUGUAUCAAGAGGUGAUCCGGAUAGACAACAAUCAGGAGCACUCUGCAUCUCAGAAGUAUCAGGGCCGAGUGAAGCUUCUCACUGAUGAGCUGAAAGAAGGCUGGGCAAAGUUACAGGUGUCCAAUCUUAGGAUCAAUGAUUCUGGGAACUACCAGUGUUUGGUUCAAGCAGCAGAGGGGACGGACUAUAAAACCAUAAGUUUGUCAGUUAAAGCACCUUACAAAUCAGUGACUAAAUACAUAGAGAAGACUGCAGAGGAGGACGUGGUGCUGUUAACCUGCCAGUCUCAAGGAUAUCCUGAGUCUAAUGUCACAUGGCAGGAUAAACUCCUGCAGAGACACAGUUCCAACACCACCACUAAAUUAACACCAGAUCAACUUUAUAAAAUCACAAGCCAGAUACAAGUCAACCCAUCGGAGAAAAAUAAUUACACAUGUACUUUUACAAAUGAUGGCUACUCUGCAACAUUUCAUAUUCCAGAUGAAAUACCAGUUUCUUAUGGAAGAAGUGAAGCUCUCAUUGUUGUUUUGAGCAUAGCAGUAACACUAAUUGUCAUUACUGUUGGUGUCUUCAUGUACAGACGACGAAAAGGGACCAGCACAAAAUAUCUGGAUGAUGAACGGGACAGAUCUGUACGUCAGCAGAUGUCUGUCUAAAAAUAGAUCAAAAUGAGGGCGAGGGAAGCGUUUUUAUUGAAGGAAAGCCAAACCCAUGAUUCCCCUAGAUUUACUCCCACAUUACUUCCAAGAGCUGCUGAGGUUCUUAUGAUUGAAGGACCCCCAGGGAGCAGGAAGGCAACUAUAUAGUCCACAUUCUGGUCUCAUCUUGGACUGAAGGGCCCACACAUGCAUCCUCUAACUUCCUUGAUCUCAGCAUCAUCUGUCUUAUUCUCAACUGUAGCUCAGCUUGCUCUGAGUGAAAAGUUCUCAGUACUGAGAGCUGAGUUGUCGCAGCCCAGUAAGUCUUUGUUGUUGCUGGAUGGUUGCAGAGAAGGAAAUCAAUUUUUUGAUAAAUCUUGGAAGAUGUUUCAGAGUGAAAGAAGAGAUUGCAGGGUGCUUAUGCAGGC